GAGGACAAAUCCCCGCUGCAGAACCUGGUGGAAGAGGCCAUUUUGAGCAGCUCCAUGGUGCAGGAACCCGACGGGGCGGAAAAGCUCCGGAGAUCCCGCACGAGGAGGGGCUGCAAACGCAGAUUGUGGGGAUUUGAGGGGGAAAGACCCACCCUGGGCCGGGGAGGCGGCCGAAGAUGGAGCCAGAGCUCGGAGCUGGGGGUCCCUGAGCAGCUCCAUGAUGGGGAGAAGCCCCACAAGUGCUCGGAGUGUGGGAAGAGCUUCAGGAGGAGGUCCGAGCUGAUCGUGCACCAGAGGACCCACACUGGGGAGAGGCCCUACGAGUGUGGGGAGUGUGGGAAGGGCUUCAGCCGGAGCUCCAGCCUGAUCAUGCACCAGAGGAUCCACACUGGGGAGAGGCCCUACGAGUGUUCUGAGUGUGGGAAGAGGUUUCAGACCAGCUCCUGUCUCCUCCGGCACUAUCGGGUUCACACCGAGGAGAGGCCCUUCUGCUGCCCCGACUGUGGGAAGGGAUUCAGGGACAACUCAAAUCUCAUCCAGCAUCGCCGCAUCCACACUAGGGAGAGGCCCUACGAGUGUCCCCGGUGUGGGAAGAGAUUCUCAUAUAGCUCUAACUUGACCAAACACCAACGGAGGCACCGGUAAGGGAAGCCCUGCGAGUGCCCCGAGUGCGAGAAGAGCUAAACUCCAUCCCCAACUGGAGGACCGACAUUGGGCACAGCCCUGGUGACCCACAUUCCCUGUGAUCCAUGUUGGGAACACACCUGGCUGCUUCUCCUUUAGUGCUGACCUUUAUUUUUUUCUCUUCUCAAACUCUCUCUGCUCCAAGACCCAACAGGGAUCGAUCUUUCACCUCAAAUCCACUCACAUCCCACUGAAAACAAAUGAAUUUUAACCCACAGAGCCUCAAUCCCACCUCAAAUUGUUUGUUCCCACCUCAAAAAAAACCAAUCCCACACCAAACUCACUUGAAUCCACAGCUGCCAGGGUGAGAUGGGUUUGGGAGGAGAUUGGGAGAAGUGGGAUCCCAAUUUGGAACGGUGGGAUGGGGAUUGUGUGGGGCUGGGUGGCUGGGAUGUAUUUGAUAGCAAAUAGAACUUUCAGACUUA